AUGAACCGGAGCCUAUGCCACCACCUACUCGCCCACUGCAGAUCCCUGCUCGAGCUCAAACGAAUCCACGCCCGGGCCGUCACCCAUGGCCUGCACCCUCACAACCAGUCCAUCUCCUGCAAGCUCUUCCGGUGCUACGCCGACUUCGGCCGCCCAACCGAAGCCCACACCCUGUUCCGCGAGAUCCCGCAGCCCGACCUUGUGUCCCUCACCAGCCUCGUGUCGCUCCACCUGCAGCUGAACCAGCACCGUGAGGCCAUGUCCCUGUUCUCGCGGCGCGUCGUGGGGGCCGGCCACCGCCCCGACGGCUUCUCCGUUGUCGGCGCGCUCUCGGCGGCUGGCGGUGCGGGGGAUCUGCGCGUGGGCGAGUCGGUUCAUGGGCUGAUCCUCCGUUGCGGGCUGGGCUCUGAGUUGGUGGUCGGAAAUGCGUUGGUUGAUAUGUACAGUCGGUGCGGGAGGUUUGAGGGCGCGUUGGGGGUGUUUGACGGGAUGGAUCGGAAGGAUGAGGUUACCUGGGGCACCAUGCUGCAUGGGCAUAUCAAGUGUGUUGGUGUGGAUUCAGCGUUGUCCUUCUUCAACAAGAUGCCUGUGAAGAGCGUGGUUUCUUGGACAGCGUUGAUCACUGGUCACGUUCAGGCCAAGAACCCUGUAAGAGCUCUAGAGCUUUUUGGCAGGAUGGUACUGGAGGGGCACCGUCCUACUCAUGUUACGAUUGUAGGUGUACUGUCCGCUUGUGCUGACAUUGGGUCUCUAGAUCUAGGGCGUGUAAUCCAUGGAUAUGGCAGCAAAUUCAAUAUCAGCACAAAUAUAAUCGUCAGCAAUGCCCUGAUGGACAUGUAUGCAAAGAGUGGGAGCAUAGAGAUGGCAUUUGCUGUGUUCGAAGAAGUGCCCUUGAAGGAUGCGUUCACGUGGACAACUAUGAUCUCGAGUUUCACUGUCCAGGGUGAUGGGAGCAAAGCUCUUGAGCUCUUUGGGGACAUGCUACGGUCUGGGGUAGCCCCAAAUAGCGUGACUUUUAUAUCAGUUUUGUCGGCCUGCAGCCACGCUGGGUUAAUACAGCAAGGCAGAGAGUUAUUUGAUAAAAUGCGCGGAAUCUACAACAUUAGUCCCCAGCUUGAGCACUAUGGAUGCAUGGUUGAUUUGCUAGGACGGGGUGGACUACUAGAAGAAGCAGAAGCCAUGAUCUGUGAUAUGGAUGUGGAACCUGAUACUGUUAUAUGGAGGUCACUCCUCAGUGCAUGCCUUGUUCAUGGCAAUGAUAGGUUGGCUGAGAUUGCUGGGCAGGAGAUUAUAAAGAGGGAACCAGCGGAUGAUGGGGUUUAUGUGCUUCUCUGGAACAUAUAUGCUUCAUCUGAUAGGUGGAAAGAAGCUCUGGAUAUGAGAAAGCAAAUGCUGACAAGGAAGAUCUUCAAAAAACCUGGGUGUAGUUGGAUUGAAGUUGAUGGUGGUGUCCAUGAAUUCUUGGUUGAGGACAAGGCACACGAUGCUCGAAGGGAAAUCUAUGAGACAUUGGAAGGAAUCAAUAGACAGUUAAAGAUGGAUCUUAGAUUAUUCCAACUGGAAGAAAACUCAUUAGUCUAUACAGAUGAGGAACUCUUAUUCUAAAUAUGUAUACUUAGCCAUUUCUUCUUUGAUAACUUAUAUGGGAGAUAUUCCAAAUUAAGAUUUUUUUUCUUGAAAUAGCUUUGUGGCAUGUCCCAGAAUUUAGGAUCUUGUACUAACAAUACUGCAGUUAAUAUAUUGUUCAUACUGUUACAAGUUCACCUGUAAUUAUGGGUGACCUUUGUUUUCUGUAUUAUUAUGCUUACGAUUUAAUGGCAAUGCAUUAUAUUUGUUGUUGUUGAUUGGGGUUUCACCAGCCAGGACUCAUUGACAAACAUAUUGAGUUAUUGCACUUAAAAGUUGUGCAAUGUGUAAUAGUUGAAUUGAUUGGUGAUAUUGGCUAAAAGAACAUUAGAGUUAGAUAUACCACUUUUAGGUAUGUACCAAUUUGCAUUCAUUUUCCAGUGAUCUUGAUCUGUUUGUGUUCUAUACUUCUGUGUGCCUGUUUCAUCAAGUUGUUUGUUACUUGUAAUAGAUGCUGCUUACUGACUUUCUCUUUUGCCG